GAGGAGUCCGGCCUGCCCGAGUUCCUCAGGCUUGGCCCGCAGGAGCCCCGCGCGGCAGGCGCCCUUCGGGCGCGGGGUCGCGACGUCGCUUCGCAGACCUCUCCCGAGCCCGCGGCGGCCGCGGUGCGCCAGAGCGCGGCCUCGCAGACGCACCCCGACGGGGCGCUGAUGGCCUGCGGCCAGCGGACGUUCGCGAAGCUCCUCGUCGGGCUGUGCGACUCCGUGGCCGAUGCGGACACGCAGACGGAGCCGCCGUGCGUAGAGCCCCGGCGGUCUUCACAAG